GAUCUAGGCAUGUGGCCUGGUAGGAGCGCAUUUGGCUUUUCUUAGGGAUGGCUCUUGCUCACCAGAGCCUCACAAAGAUAAUCGCUCAGGAAGUGUUUCAGCCAAUCCCGGCCGGCCUUACACUCCGAUUUGCCGGGGCAGCCAAUCGGGGAUGAGCUUUUAUUAGGCGGCCAGAUCAUCAAGCCGAAGUGCCAAACCCUUUUUCUGUGAGAACUAGGAGCCUGUCCUCCAUGUUUUAUAAGUAUUGACAUUACACAGUGUUAACAAUGCAUCCACAGAGCUUGGCCGAAGAGGAAAUAAAAACUGAACAGGAGGUGGUAGAGGGCAUGGAUAUCUCUACUCGCUCCAAAGAUCCUGGCUCCACAGAGAGAACAGCCCAGAAAAGAAAGUUCCCCAGCCCUCCGCAUUCUUCCAAUGGCCACUCGCCACAGGACACAUCCACAAGCCCCAUUAAAAAGAAAAAGAAACCCGGCUUACUGAACAAUAACAAUAAGGAGCAGUCAGAACUAAGACAUGGUCCGUUUUACUAUAUGAAGCAGCCACUCACCACAGACCCUGUUGAUGUUGUACCGCAGGAUGGACGGAAUGAUUUCUACUGCUGGGUUUGUCACCGGGAAGGCCAAGUCCUUUGCUGUGAGCUCUGUCCCCGGGUUUAUCACGCUAAGUGUCUGAGACUGACAUCGGAACCAGAGGGGGACUGGUUUUGUCCUGAAUGUGAGAAGAUUACAGUAGCAGAAUGCAUCGAGACUCAGAGUAAGGCCAUGACAAUGCUCACCAUCGAACAGUUAUCCUACCUGCUCAAGUUUGCCAUUCAGAAAAUGAAACAGCCAGGGACAGAUGCAUUCCAGAAGCCUGUUCCAUUGGAACAGCAUCCUGACUAUGCGGAAUACAUCUUCCAUCCUAUGGACCUUUGUACAUUGGAAAAGAAUGCUAAAAAGAAAAUGUAUGGAUGCACAGAAGCUUUCCUGGCCGAUGCAAAGUGGAUUUUGCACAACUGCAUCAUUUAUAAUGGAGGAAAUCACAAAUUGACGCAGAUAGCAAAAGUAGUCAUCAAAAUCUGUGAGCAUGAGAUGAAUGAAAUUGAAGUAUGUCCAGAGUGUUACCUAGCUGCUUGCCAAAAACGAGAUAACUGGUUUUGUGAGCCUUGUAGCAAUCCACAUCCUUUGGUCUGGGCAAAACUGAAGGGGUUUCCAUUCUGGCCUGCAAAAGCUCUGCGGGAUAAAGAUGGGCAGGUUGAUGCUCGUUUCUUUGGACAACAUGACAGGGCCUGGGUUCCAAUAAAUAAUUGCUACCUCAUGUCUAAAGAAAUUCCUUUUUCUGUGAAAAAGACAAAAAGCAUCUUCAACAGUGCAAUGCAGGAGAUGGAAGUGUACGUGGAGAACAUCCGCAGGAAGUUUGGGGUUUUUAAUUAUUCUCCCUUCAGGACACCCUACACGCCUAACAGCCAGUACCAAAUGCUGCUUGACCCCAGCAACCCCAGUGCUGGUGCUGCCAAGAUAGACAAGCAGGAGAAGGUCAAGCUCAACUUUGACAUGACGGCGUCCCCCAAGAUCCUGAUGAGCAAGCCCAUGCUGAGUGGGGGCGCAGGCCGCAGGAUCUCCUUGUCUGAUAUGCCCCGCUCCCCCAUGAGUACAAACUCUUCUGUGCACACGGGUUCCGACGUGGAGCAGGAUGCUGAGAAGAAGGCCACCUCGAGCCACUUCAGUGCCAGUGAGGAGUCCAUGGAUUUCCUGGACAAGAGCACAGCUUCACCAGCCUCUGCAAAGACGGGACAAGCAGGGAGUUUAUCCGGCAGCCCGAAAACUUUCUCUCCUCAAGCAUCAACACCCAUCACGACGAAAACAGACAAAACGUCCACCACUGGAAGCAUCCUGAAUCUUAACUUGGAUCGGAGCAAGGCCGAGAUGGACCUGAAGGAGCUGAGCGAGUCGGUCCAGCAGCAGACGGCGCCUGUUCCUCUCAUCUCCCCUAAGCGGCAGAUUCGCAGCAGGUUCCAGCUAAAUCUCGACAAGACCAUAGAGAGUUGCAAAGCACAAUUAGGCAUAAACGAAAUCUCAGAAGAUGUUUACACGGCCGUAGAGCACAGUGAUUCGGAAGAUUCCGAGAAGUCUGAUAGUAGCGAUAGUGAGUAUAUCAGUGACGAUGAGCAGAAGUCCAAGAAUGAGCCAGAAGACGCAGAAGACAAAGAGGGUAGUCAGAUGGACAAAGAGCCAUCGGCUGUCAAAAAAAAGCCCAAACUGGCCAACCCUGUGGAGACUAAGGAGGAGCUGAAAAGCACAUCACCAGCCAGCGAGAAAGCUGAUCCGGGCUCGGUCAAGGAAAAGGCAAGCCCCCAGCCUGAGAAGGACUUUUCAGAAAAAGCGAAAGCCUCCCCUCAUCCCACAAAGGAUAAACUGAAGGGGAAAGAUGAGACCGAUUCCCCAACAGUACAUUUGGGCCUGGACUCCGAUUCAGAAAGUGAACUUGUCAUAGAUUUAGGAGAAGACCAUUCUGGGCGGGAGGGUCGUAAAAAUAAGAAGGAACCCAAAGAAACAUCUCCCAAGCAGGAUGUUGUAGGUAAAGCUCCGCCAUCCACCACAGCGGGCAGCCAGUCCCCGCCUGAAACUCCGCUCCUCACCCGCUCCUCCUCCCAAACUCCCACGGCCGGUGUCACGGCCACCACCAGCACCACGUCCACCGUCACGGCCCCGGCCACCGCCGCCGCCACCACGGGAAGCCCGGUGAAAAAGCAGAGGCCGCUUUUACCGAAGGAGACUGCCCCGGCCGUGCAGCGGGUCGUGUGGAACUCGUCAAGUAAGUUUCAAACGUCUUCCCAAAAGUGGCACAUGCAGAAGAUACAGCGCCAGCAGCAGAACCAGCAGCAGAACCAGCAGCCUCAGUCUUCCCAGGGGACGAGAUAUCAGACCAGACAGGCUGUGAAAGCUGUGCAGCAGAAGGAGAUCACGCAGAGCCCAUCCACCUCCACCAUCACCCUGGUGACCAGCACUCAGUCGUCGCCCCUGGUCACCAGCUCAGGGUCCACGAGCACCCUUGCAUCCUCAGUCAGCGCAGACCUGCCCAUCGCCACUGCUUCCGCUGACGUCGCUGCGGACAUUGCCAAGUACACUAGCAAAAUGAUGGAUGCAAUAAAAGGAACGAUGACAGAGAUCUACAACGAUCUUUCUAAAAACACUACGGGAAGCACAAUAGCCGAGAUUCGCAGGCUGAGGAUCGAGAUCGACAAGCUGCAGUGGCUGCACCAGCAGGAGCUCUCUGAAAUGAAACACAACCUGGGUGAGGCCUGGCGGAUUGGUCCGUACUGAGGACGGUUUUGGGCGGUGAGCUUCUGUGCAGCUCUGGACGCAGGUCCAGGCUGUGAAUUGAGUCUGCAGUAGGCUGGGGAUGUCCCAGUGCUGGGGAGAGCACAGGAGCCUGGAGAGUCGACCCAGGUGUAAGAGCAGGUAUGAGGGGGUAUUCCCCUCUUUUCUCUUCGAGAUACCAACACAUGUGUAGCAGAGUAGUAACAACAGCAGUAGGUCCGUGUACUGAACUCUGGACUUGGGGCCAGGAACCGUUUAAGUACU